UGUUUGGUGGUGACACUAAUCCUGCUCAUCCUAAACACAUAGGAAGUAUUGAUCCCACCUGUAAUGUGGCUGAUGUGGUGAAAGAUGCAUAUGAAACAGCCAAGAUGCUGUGUGAGCAGUAUUACCUGGUAGCUCCAGAGCUGGAAGUUGAAGAAUUCAAUGCCAAAGCGCCAGACAAACCUAUUCAGGUAGUUUAUGUGCCCUCACAUCUGUUUCACAUGCUAUUUGAGUUGUUCAAGAACUCAAUGAGAGCAACAGUUGAACUCCAUGAAGAUAGAAAAGAGGGCUACCCGGCUGUUAAAACCCUUGUUACUUUGGGGAAAGAAGACUUAUCCAUUAAGAUAAGCGACCUAGGUGGCGGUGUCCCACUUCGAAAAAUAGAUCGUCUUUUUAACUACAUGUAUUCAACUGCUCCUAGACCUAGCCUGGAGCCUUCAAGAGCUGCCCCUUUGGCUGGAUUUGGUUAUGGUUUGCCAAUUUCUCGUCUAUAUGCUAGAUAUUUUCAGGGAGAUCUAAAACUGUAUUCCAUGGAAGGAGUCGGUACCGAUGCUGUCAUUUAUUUGAAGGCUCUUUCAAGUGAAUCAUUCGAGAGACUUCCAGUUUUUAAUAAGUCCGCAUGGCGCCAUUACAAGACCACGCCUGAAGCUGAUGACUGGAGCAAUCCCAGCAGAGAACCUAGAGAUGCUUCCAAAUACAAAGCUAAACAGGACAAGAUCAAGACUAAUAGAACUUUCUAAAGAACUGAAUGCUCUGGUCCUCUCUGUGAAGAAAGAUUAUCAUCUGCAACUCAACCAGAGAGGACUCCUUCCACCAACUCUGAGCGUGGCACCAUAGUUAUUCAUUCCUAGUGCUUGAAUAUGUAUUGUCUCCAUACCAGCUGGACCUUUCUAUGGAGUUUUUCCUGUAGUUACUUCAGAUCUUCCACUAAAGUAGUAGCUGGAGUAAUUUUGCAUAGUGUCUUGCUGCGGUGUGGUUGGCGCCUGUCACAGAAGAGCACAGAGCCUCCCUGGAGCUCUCGUGCCCCGUGCUCUCCAUCUCGUCCUCGUAGAGUCUCUAGUGUCUAUAGUGCCCCCAGGG